AUUUUAUCCGAUAUUUUCCAUCGAAAACAUCUCCGACUGGUAGAUGGAUGAAAAAUAAAAUAAAAUUUCAUGAAACGGGUGAUGUUUUUUUUUGUGUGUAAAUUAAAUUGAUUUUGGUGAAAAUUCAGUAAGGCUUUUGGUUUCACAUCGGUUCUCUAAAUUUUGGGGAGUUUUCUGUGAGAACAAAAAAGUUGAGCAAAGGAGGCAAACGUCACAUUUUAAAAGCGCCAGAAAGGUGAAAAAAAGUGACAUUAUGGCGUGUCUAAGAGAACUGAAGCUGGAGAUCAAGACCCUGGAGAAGAUUUUUACGAAGGACCACGAGCGCUUCCAGACCCUGAACUCCAGCCCGGACGAAAUGGAGUUUCGAUUCAUCGACGCGGCUGGCAAGCGAUACGAAAUCAUGGCGAGCAUUACACCGGAUUACCCAUCGUCGCCGCCAGUCUGGUUUUCCGAGAGCGAUGAAACGAGCGUUGCCAGUGCCGUGGAGAUGCUCAGCAGCACGGAUGGGCCCGACAAUCACCUGAUCUGCCAGGUGCGCAUUCUGCUCCGCGGGCUGUGCGAGCUGUACAAUGUCCCAAUUCCGGCCGAUAUGGACAGCUUGAAGUUUCCUCUGGACGUGCCGCAGGAUACGGAAUCAUUUGGAUUCAGCGAAGACGGCGACUACGAUGAAGAUGAAUUCGGUUUUCCUGCUGAGGAAGUCGACGAGCAGGAGAGCGAAGGCGAGACCGAAGAAGAGGGCGAGGGCGAGGGCGAGGGCGAGGACGACACUGAGAUAGAUCUGGCAAUAGAACCGGAAGAGGAUGAUGAGAGCAACAAAGGCUUAAAGAAAGAGGAUUUGGCCACACUAAACAGACUGCUUGAAAAGCUAAGGAAAACCCAUUCGGAGGAUUCCCAGAUCUGCUCUGUACAGUCAUCUGAUCGCUUGAUGAAGGAACUACGCACUGUUUAUAAAUCGGAUUCCGUCAAAAAAGAUAUGUUUUCUGUUGAACUUGUCAAUGACUCUAUUUACGAGUGGAACGUACGGAUCAAGUCUGUUGAUCCCGACAGCCUUCUUCACAACGAUCUGUUGAAGCUAAAGGAAUCUGGCGAAGACGGAACCAUACUACUUCGCCUUAGCUUCAAUGAUAAGUAUCCACUCGAGCCGCCAUUUGCCCGAGUCGUUUCUCCAGUCAUCAAAAACGGAUAUGUUCCCUCAGGCGGUGCUAUCUGCAUGGAGCUGCUGACGAAGCAGGGUUGGAGCUCCGCCUACACCAUGGAAGCGAUGAUAAUUCAAAUAAUCGCCACCCUCCCCAGGGGAAAGGCCCGCGUUAUGUUGGGCCCGACAUUGCUUCUAGAAAGUGUGUAUAGUCUUCCGCAAGCCCGGGAGAGCUUUAGUCAUAUCAUGAAGCGUCACGAAAAAAGUGGCUGGCACACACCCCCCAAGAGCGACGGUUAAGGGGAAGGAAUCACUCUGACAAUGCAACCCCACCCACGCCACAUUCUACAAUACCAAACACACAUUCUAAAUGGGGUUUCAAGUCGUUUAGAAAAAUCCAUUCAAUAAUUCACUAGCAAACGAGUAAAAAGUAACGUUUAAAACACAGUAGUAAAUACUUGAAAUGUAAGCGUGAGCACAAGAACCGAAAAAUCAGUA